AUGGACAAAGAUGACCUAUCAGUUGGAAAAUCUGCUAUUCAAAGACCAUUGUGGACCUGUUCAACACCUGAACAUUGUCGUCGUUAUGAAGCCGCAAAUGCAGUUGAUAGGAAUUUUGAUACUUGCAUGAGAACGGACGGUGUUGGCUCAAGCUCAACAUAUCGACACGUCCAGUGGCAAGUGGACCUCGGUGGAAUUCGCAGUAUAUACAACAUUAGAAUUCUAUUUAAAAGCUACGGCGUAGAAACAGAAUUUCGGCAACGGGGUCGUUUUGCGGGAUUUGCGCUCUACCUGUCAAACACGACAAAUAAAGAUGAUGGUUAUCUGUGCUAUAAAGAUGGACCAGAGUUACCUCCAUUAGAUUUCAACACCAAGUGUAUAAAACAUGGACGGUAUUUGACAUACUACAAUGAAAGAGUGUAUGACCAACUUUAUCCUGUUGGAUAUGCAAGCAUGGUAGUCACUGAACUAUGUGAAGUCAUGAUUUAUGGUAAGCAGAUGAUUUAA